CCACCCACCGGCCGCCGUGCCGCCCCUCCUCCGACGCCGUUCCUCUCCUCCAGAUCUCCCCCGCCCCCACCCCACACAUCGCGCUUUUCCUCUCCCGAGCAUGCCCGGCCGCCGCCGCCGCCCCCCGUCCCCCGUUCGCUAGGGUUGAGGUCGCUGGGCCUCCUCCGGCGGCAAGGUGCUCGGCGAGGAUGAGAAGAACGCCGGGAACGUCUCCGCCCGGCCCGAGGUCACCGACACCGGCGCCUCGAGCACCUUCUCCUCAGGCGUCGCCGCCCCGUUCCUCUUAGACUCCGACGCUGCCGGCCACCUGCACCGUCGUCCUCUUCAACUCUUCUGCUUCGUCGACGGUCGCCACCACGCAUCGAGGCCCAAGGGCAGCAAGAUUUGAGCUGACUCGAUGUUCUUGUCAACUUGGUCAGUUUGGAGGAAGAAGACUCCCAGGGACACCUCCAACUAAAUUGCUCAUGGCCAAUUAUCCUCAGCCCACAUAGCACCUAGCACCGACGUGAGGUGUUAAGAAGAUGCCAGGCAACAAAAAGAACAACAAAGUUGUGAGACUUGGCAAUGUGAUUGAAAGGUUAGGCAAGUUGACGGGGGUCAUAAAGAGGGGCACCGGUGCGACACGUUCCACACAGGUAGGCAGGGCCAAACCCGCACAACGAGCCACGGUGGAUGGUACCCGGGGUAGACGAAAUGGUCGUACCCUUGUGUCCCGUGUUGCUAGCCCUAUCCCCUCUGCCCAUUCUGAGGAGGAGUCGGAGGAGGAGAGGGGGGAGGAGCUAGUUAUGGAGGAGAGGGAAGAGGAGGCAGAGGAGGAUGGGGAGGAGGAGCUAGUUGUGCAGGAGGAGUUGGAGGAGGGAGAGUAUGAGGUGGGGGAAUCGGCAAAGGACAUGGAAUGGCCGGUUCCUAAGGAGACCAAAAUCUGGUUGCGUGGGGUGGCCACGCUCCCUUCGCGACCAUAUCCACAUAAGGGGAUCAUUGUUAAACCAGUUGGUGUGAGGGCCUUGGUGGUUAUUCCAGAAGGCACAAUCCUGCCACGAUAGCCAAGCACCAUCAUUAGAUGUCUUUGUAGGCAUUAUUACCCCGGCCUGGUUCCCAUAGGAGACGGUGAGGAGGAGCCAUCUUGGUCUUGGGAGCAUUGGAAACGCGCUCCAGAUACGAAAGACAAGUGGGACAGGGAGUACCGCAGUGCUGCUGAGCGGGUGGUCAACGAUUUUUUGGGUAAAAUUCUUUGUCAAUUUUCUUAGUUAUUUCUUUGCCAAUAUUCAAAAUCAUUGCAUUGAUAACUGUCUUUACUUGCGUUGAGGGUAUGGAGGAUGAAAAUAAUGAGGUCGUGGAGGAGAUUGCCAAGAAGAUUGUCCAAGACAUGCCUUACGAGGCUCGCGUCAAUGUUGUGGUAAAGUAUUUCGCGCAUGAACGCAAGAUCCUUCUUAAAAAGCCGCUAGCCCGGAGAGUGCAUCUCACCCGUUCCAUGUACAUGAAGGCGGUUCCCCUGUGGUGCAACAACAAGAUUCCUUGCUACCAGCAAAUCAUAUCUAGGUGGAUAAACCCAGAGUGGAGGGCCACACGCAGAGCAGCUUCGGAGCGACGUGCCUUGAUGGGUGGUCCGGUACACCUUCAAGGCAACCUCAACCUCCAUGCUUACGUGCAGAAGAAGAAUAGGGAGAGAGGUGAGGGUGAAGAGCCGCUCAAUACCUUCACGGGAUUAUGUCUCUCCCGCAAGUCAAAGAAACUGGAAGGGGGGUGGGUCAACCCAAGGGCUGGGUUGAGGAUUGAUGCAUACAGUGGGAAGUUCAAGGAGUGCAACGGGCCCAACUCUGAUCCAGCCUCACAGGACAUUGAUGUUACGGUUUCCCUCAAGUCGGGACAAGGCAAGAAGCGUGGGUGGUUAUAUGUUGGUGACGGUUCCAUCCGUAAGAAGGACAUUCCAGAACUUGCCCACCUCCGUGCUACCACGUCGAGCUCACGUCCUGCUAUUGAGCGCCGCCCAUCAAUUCCAUGCUCGCCUAGAGGAAGAAAGCAGGUUGCGGCAGGAAGAAACCAGGUUGCGGCUGGAGGCUCAGGCCAAUGCCCUACUUCAACAGGAGCAAGCCAUGAAAAUGCAGCAAGCCCUGUUUCAGCAGCAGGAAUUCAUGGUUAAACAGCAGGCGGCCCUGCAGGAGACGUUCGCUCGGUUCAGUACUAAUAUGCAGGGUUCUACUUUGCCGGAUCUUCCGCCUGUUCCACCGCUUCCUACUUUUAGCUUUGUAAGUCUUCAACUUUUCAAUCAUGCAUCUCACCAUCUUACCGUCUCAUGCUUGAAGUGUCCUCGAUCGGGAGAAGGCUCCAAUAACUUUGUGGUAGGUGGAUCUACACCUGCCCAAGCAAGCCCAGUGACACCCACUGGGGCUCAUGGUGCUUCAACCUCCACACCACAAUGAUCACUCGAGGUUUGCAUCGUGGAUGCCAUGGAUGGUGGGCAUACAUGCUGUGGUGGAAGCUGAUUGCAUCUUUUAGGUUGAACUCAUGCUAGGUGUGAACUUGGAACUAAUGAUUCCAUUUGUGGACUCUUGUUGCAUCUGUAGGUGAACCCUUGUUGAAUAUGCACGCUUGUGGACUUUGAACUCAUGGCCCUUUUGUUUGUGAACUCUUGUUGCAUAUGUACACAUGUUUUUGUGAACCUUCUUUGAAUAUGUAUGCAUUUGUGGACUACUCAUGGUUGGUUUGUUA